AUUAAAGUUUUCAUCUUCUUUAUUCCUCCAUCUUAUAAAUUGGAUAUUGUUCACUCUUAUAUAUGUACAUUUAUGUUCACUUUUCUUGUAAUGUUCAAGUUCCCUUUAAAAGAAUCAGCUUGUAAGAAUUCAGCAGUGAUAAAACUGCAUCAGCGUCGCCCCGCUCGUGUGUCUGCGAUAAGGCACGUCUUUUCUCUGCACGUUUCUCUUCUCUUCAUAUCUUUAGUGCACAAUAACGGAAGCCCACACGUGUGUCUGUACAGUCCUGGAGCAGCACACAGUCCUGCAGUCAGCACAAACAGCAGACCAAUGAGUCAAAGAGUAUCAACAAGUAACCUACUCCUGCUGAAAUCACGCUCCGCAGGUUCAUCAUGGCGGAUGAUAUGACGGCUCCUUUGCUCUCAGACUCCAGAGAUUACGCUGACGAUGGGAUGCUCAGCAGCCCAACAGUGGCCAUAUUGGGCUCUGGAGAUUUUUCCCGCUCUCUGGCUGUGCGAUUGGUGUCCUCUAGGGUCCGGGUGGCGGUCGGGAGUCGGUGUGUGAACCGUAUCCCAUCAGGACUGUUCCCGGACGCAGUGGCGUUGAUGAACCAGGAGGGGGCGGCAGCACAGGCAGCGUGCGUGGUGUUCAUGGCGUUAUUUCCCGAACACUACGGCUCACUUCUGGGUCUGAGGUCUGCACUCGCUGGGAAGGUGCUGGUGGAUGUGAGUAAUGCAGAAGUGCUGGAUAUCCAUGGGCCAUCCAAUGCAGAGCGACUGGCCGAACAGUUUCCGGAAAGCCUGGUGGUCAAAGGUUUCAACACGGUUUCAACCUGGGAGCUGCAGACCGGGGCUCGUGAUGGAAGCAAACAGGUGUUGAUCUGCAGUAACAGCGCAGAGGGCAAGAGGAAAGUUAUCCAGUUGGCUCGACACAUGGGUUUCCAUCCGCUGGAUAUGGGUGGCUUGUCUGCUGCCCGAGAAAUGGAAGUCAUGUCAUUACGUCUGUUCCCGUCAUGGAGUGGACCAGUCAUGCUCACCUUCCUCCUCUUCCUCUUCUUCUACACUUAUGGUUUCCUGCGGGGGAUUCUGCUGCCGUUUAUUCUGCAAGGGCACAGUGUGUUUUACCGUCUCGCUCUGGAGCUGGUGAAUGAGAGUCUGCCGGCGGUCGCGUUGGUGACUUUGUCUCUGGUGUACCUGCCCGGUUUGUUUGCUGCGUUUUUGCAGCUCUGGAGGGGAACCAAAUACCGGCGUUUCCCGCCAUGGCUGGACAACUGGCUGCAGAGGAGGAAGCAGCUGGGUUUGUUGAGUUUUCUAUGCGCAGCGCUGCACGGUGUCUACAGUGUAUGCCAACCGCUGCGCAGAGUUACACAGCACAGACUCAUCAAUGCGGCGUACAGACAGGUUAAAGCGGGUACAGAGGAGCCCUGGGAUGAGCUGGCGGUGUGGAGAUCUGAGUUGUACCUGUCCUGUGGAGUUUUGGGUCUGGGCGUCCUCUCUUUACUGGCCAUCACCUCUGUUCCCUCUGUGGGAAACACACUCAACUGGAGAGAGUUCACAUUUGUACAGUCAGGUUUGGGCUACGUCGCUCUCACUCUCUCCAUCAUGCACACACUCUUCUUCGGCUGGGAUUUUGCCUUCCACGUCGAGGCGUAUCAGUUCUACAUGCCGCCAAUGUUCCUGUUAGCUGCAGUGUUGCCCUGCGCUGUUCUGCUGAGCCGAUGUUUUCUGCUUCUGCCCUGCAUCUCCAGCAGACUUUCAAGAAUCCGCCGCGGAUGGGAGAGUAAACGCAACUGCCCAGUCUUACAACACCACCAUCUGCAGGCCAACGGAGUACCAUAGCAUUCAAUCAUUCAUUUUCCUCCAGCUGAGUCCCUUUAUUCAUCAGGGGUCGGCACAGCAGAAUGAACCACCAACUUAUCCAGCGUGUUUUACACAGCGGAUGCCCUUCCAGCUGCAACCCAGUACUGAUGAAGUUUGGAGCUCAGGAAAAAGACUGAAGGAUUUCUUGUUCAUGAUGGCUUUCAGCAAUUGUUUAUUUAUGAAAAACUGAACGCGUGCGAACGCGUGCCUUACUUUUUUUAACCUCAUACGAUCUUACUUCAGGGUCACUUUCUGUCAGUGAUAGGAGUCAUAUAUUACAAUCUAAAGUCAAAAUGUUUAAUGGGUUUGUUAGCUUUUAAGGAUUGUCAUGUCAAAGUAUGUAUUAUUUCCAAUAGUAUCUGGAUGCAGCCUUUAUGAUGCAGGCUGAGAUUGCAUCACCCAGUGAUGCUAUGUCAGACACAAUCUACUCAAUGGAGUGAGUGACGUCACUGUGAGGGGUGGGGUUAGGUGAGCGCAUUGAAAAGUAUUGGAUGCAGCUCAGAUUGCACUGCACUGAGUCUG